CCGUUUCGCAGCGACGGCUCCAGCCCAGGAGGGGGACGAUCACUCGACUUUCUUCUCACUGACCCGCUUUCCCUCGCCGAACCUCACUUAGCCCGGCCGCCGCGCUGUCGACCGUACUCCCCCGAACGAACUCCGUGGAAGGUCGGUCAACGAAACCCUCAGCUCCGUCAUGGCGGGCGCGGACGAGUCCCAGGCCGCCCGCGACCGCGAGCGCGAGCGGCGCGAGCAGCACCACGAGGCCGACGUCGUCGUGGUCGGCGCCGGCGUCUUCGGGUGCGCCAUCGCCUAUGCCCUUGCCACCCAGGGCCGCAGCGUCAUCCUGCUCGAGCGGUGGAUGCACGAGCCGGACCGCAUCAUCGGCGAGCUGCUGCAGCCCGGCGGCGUCGAGGCGCUGCGCAAGCUGGGACUCGAGAAGUGUCUGGAGGAUAUCGAUGCGAUACCGUGUUAUGGAUACCAUGUGCUGUACAGGGGCGAGGAGGUGGCCUUCUCGUAUCCGCCCCUGACCGGUGACGGGGGCGUGGUCGUCGGAGCGGGGAACAGGAAGGAGGCGCUCGAUGGUCAUGGGAAUGGGCAUGUCAAGGGGGAGAAGACGCCUGCCAGGCCGGAAGGGAGGAGUUUUCACCACGGCAGGUUUAUUAUGCAGCUGCGCAGGGCGUGCCUAGCGCACCCGAAUAUCAGCGUAUUCGAGACCGAGGCCACGGCCACCAUAAGGGGCCAGCACAGCGACGAGGUACUGGGCGUCCAGACCCGGACGAAGAACCAAGAAACGGGCGAGAAGGUGCCCGACUGCUUCUUCGGCCAGCUGACCAUCAUCGCCGACGGCUACCAAUCCAUAUUCCGCCAGGAGCUCCUCGGCACCACUCCCGUCGUCCGCAGCAAAUUCUACGCGCUCGAGCUCAUCGACUGCCCCUUCCCGCCCGCCAACCACGGCCACGUCGUCAUCGGGGACCAAGCCCUCGCCCUGCUCUACCAGAUCGGCACGCACGAGACCCGCGCGCUCAUCAACGUCCCCAUCAACCACCCCGCCGCCUCGCCCGCCAACGGCGGCGUGCGCGGCUACAUCGAGAAGGUCGUCAUCCCCGCCCUCCCGCCGCACGUGCAGCCCAGCGCGCGCGCCGCCCUCGCAGCGGACGGCCGCAUCCCCAAAAGCAUGCCCAACAGCUGGCUGCCAUCGACCAAGCAAACCACGCAGGCGGGCGCGAUCCUGCUCGGCGACGCGUACAACAUGCGGCACCCGCUGACGGGCGGCGGCAUGACGGUGGCGUUCAACGACGCGCUGCUGCUGGCGUCCCUGCUGGCGCCGGACGCGGUCCCCUCGCUGGCCGACCGCGCGGCCGUGCGCGCCGCCAUGGCCGCCUUCCACUGGCGCCGCAAGUCGCUCACCAGCAUCAUCAACGUGCUCGCCCAGGCGCUCUACAGCCUCUUCGCCGCCGACGACUGGCAGCUGCGCGCCCUGCAGCGCGGCUGCUUCCGCUACUUCCAGCGCGGCUGGACCGACGAGCCCGUCGCCCUGCUCGGCGGCCUGCUGCGCCGUCCGCUCACGCUGGCCUACCACUUCUUCAGCGUCGCAUUCCUGGCCAUCUGGCUCAACGUCCUCGACGUGUGCGGCGGGCAUGUGCUGGGCUUUCUGAAGCUGCCGCUGGCGCUCGUGCAGGCCGUGCUGAUUCUGUGGAAGGCCUGCGUCGUGUUUCUGCCCGUGUUCGCCACCGAGUUGCGGUGAGCGCGGCCCGAACGCGGGGCACGGGGAGUUGAGUGGUGGACAGCGGGGAGGGUUAUAGAGAUGUAAGAUUCGUUGGGUCGCGUUGGUGUUAUUCAUGGGUACGGCCUUUCAGUUACCCCGGUUUUGGU